AUGGGUAGCUUGACCGCCGACCAGCUGCUGCCGCUGCUGCUGCUCCUCUCUCUGCUCUGCGCCGCUACCGGGGAAAAUGAAGAAGUGGCGGUGCUCAUGGAGCUCAAGGCUUCGCUGGAUCCGGAUGGCCAGUUCCUAACUUCGUGGACGGAGGAGGGAGAUCCCUGCGGGGGGGACUUUGAAGGAGUUGCCUGCGACAAACUCGGCAGAGUGAGCAACAUCUCGCUGCAGGGGAAGAGGCUGCCGGGGACCAUUUCGCCGGCGGUGGGGAGGCUCCAGUCCCUCUCUGGUCUCUUCCUCCACUACAAUGAGCUGAAGGGGGUGAUUCCCCCGGAGAUCGCCAACCUCACCGAGCUCACCGAUCUCUACCUCAAUGUCAACAACCUCUCCGGCAGCAUCCCGCCGGCAAUCGGAAACAUGGCUCGCCUUCAAGGUGAGAUCUUCCUGGACAAUGGAGACAAGAGGGAGUUGUACCCUUGCUGAGAUUAUGAUGGCUUCUUCCUGUGUAGUUCUCCAGCUCUGCUACAAUAGGCUCAGCGGGAGCAUUCCCAACCAGGUGGGGCUUCUGAAGGAGCUCAAUGUCCUCGCUCUUCAGUCUAAUCGUCUGACUGGGGCCAUUCCGGCGAGCCUGGGGGACCUGCCCGAGCUUACCCGGCUGGAUCUGAGCUUCAACCAAUUCUUCGGCUCUAUCCCCUCCAAACUCGCCCUGGUUCCUCGUCUGCUGGCUCUAGACCUUCGGAACAACAGUCUCUCUGGCAAGGUUCCUUACGGUAGCUCCUCAUUACUCUUCCUCGGAAUCCGUUCGCCUGGUUCUUGGCCUCGUUUUUUGAUACCUUUUUCUCCGGUGAAGGCCUCAGGAGGAUGGAGGGCAGAUUCCAUUACGCGAACAACAGGGGUCUUUGCGGAGCUGGGUUCUCGUCUCUCAGGCUCUGCAACUCUGCGGAUCUCCUCCAGCCCAACAAGCCAGAGCCCUACAGUGGCCUCGCUCACACCGGAAUUCCGCAGUCGGCUUACGUGAAGACCCAUGGCAGCCACUCUUCCAAGCCCUCUUCCUCUUCAUUGCCUGUUGUAAUCGCCGCCAUUGCAGUCGGUGCCGUGGGAGUCGUCUCUGGCCUACUGGCCUUCGCCUGUUACCGCAGGCGAAAGCAGAAGAUCGGCAGCUCCAUCGAGAUCACAGACAGCAGGCUCAGCACUGAUCAGGUCAAGGAGGCGAUCAGGAAGAGCCCGUCGGCCCCCGUCGGCGUCGGCUACACCAGCGGCUGGGACUCCUUGGCCGGCGGCGGGUUCUCCCAGGAUGUCUCCCGGAGCUUGAGAUUCAAUCUGGAGGAGGUCGAGUCGGCCACUCAGCACUUCUCAGAGGUUAAUCUGCUGGGGAAGAGCAACUUCGCGGCGACGUACAAGGGGAUCCUCAGAGACGGGUCGGUGGUGGCGGUGAAGAGCAUCAACAAGACCAGCUGCAAGGCGGAGGAGGGCGAGUUCCUGAAGGGGUUGAAGCUGCUGGCCUCCCUGUCGCACGAAAACCUUGUAGGGUUGAGGGGGUUCUGCUGCUCCAGCGGGAGGGGUGAGUGUUUCCUCCUCUAUGACUUCGUCGCUAAUGGCAGCCUGUCUCAGUACCUGGAGACCAAGGGGAAGGAGGAGAGUUCUAGGGUUCUGGGUUGGCCCCAGAGAGUCGCCAUCAUCAAAGGCAUUGCCAGAGGUAACUAACUGAAGCUUCUGGCUCGUUCUUCUUGAUCUGCCCGCACUGUUUCCUUCACAACCAAUCACCCCUCCGAUCUUCAACCAGGAAUCGAGUAUCUGCACUCCGACAGAGAGAAAAAGCCCGCUCUGGUUCACCAGAACAUAUCAUCGGAGAAAAUCCUGAUUGACCACCACUUCAAGCCGCUGAUCUCCGGCGCCGGCUUCCACAAGCUGCUGGCGGACGACGUCGUCUUCUCCAGCCUCAAGGCCAGCGCCGCCAUGGGCUACCUGGCCCCCGAGUACGCCACUACGGGCCGGUUCUCCGAGAAGAGCGACGUCUACGCCUUCGGCGUCAUCCUGCUGCAGAUCCUCACCGGAAGGACGAAGGUCAAUCCCCUGCGGCCCGGUGCCGAGCCCGGCAAGCUCGAGGACCUCAUCGACAGGCGCCUGGAAGGGAACUACCCCAAGCCGGAGGCGGCGAAAUUGGCGUCCUUGGCGUUGGUCUGCACCAGCGAGACGCCGACCCAGCGGCCGACCAUGUCGUCGGUAGUUCAAGAGCUGUGCUGUAACAACAGUUGA